AUGGAACAUAUUCCUAACUUGAACCAAAUAUCAUUUAUUUCAGCUAAUAUAGAAGCAGAACCGUUGAUAAUACCAUCUUCAUUGAAUGAUAUUGAAUGUGAACCAAUAUAUAGUAAUGUGGGAACUAAUGUUCCUCCAAUCAGAGUAGAAGAUUUAUGGGAUUAUAUUAAAAAUUCUAAAGAUCAUGAUUAUGGGGGAUUUAAACGUGAAUAUAAGUUGAUACCAGCUGGUUUGAUAGCUAGUUGUGAAGUUGCUAAAAGAAAUGAAAAUAAACCCAAAAAUAGAUAUGGGAACAUUAUAGCAUAUGACCAUACUCGUGUUAUAUUAGAAUCAGAAAAUGGUGAUCCUACAGAUGACUAUAUCAAUGCAAAUUAUAUUGAUGGAUACAAUAAACCAAGAGCUUAUAUUGCUGCUCAAGGCCCCAAUAAACCAACUAUAGAUGAUAUAUGGAGAAUGAUGUGGCAACUUAACUCUAAAACUAUUAUAAUGUUGACAAAUUCAACUGAAUCAGGAAAGAAAAAAUGUGAACAAUAUUGGCCUGAUCAUGGCAGUGAAGAUUAUGGUAAUUAUACAGUACAGAUAUUAAAUACAGAUUGUUUACCUGAUUUUACUAUUAGAACCUUUUUACUAUCUACGGUAAACCAAUCAAAAUAUGUGAAACAAUUUCAUUAUACAACAUGGCCAGAUCAUGGUGUACCUAAAUUUGGCAAUUCUUUGUUGCUAUUCCGUCAGAAGAUUAGAGGAUUUGAUAAACUUGAUAAUGGUCCAGUUGUUGUUCACUGCAGUGCUGGUGUUGGUAGAACUGGUACUUAUAUCUCAGUUGACAGUCAAUUAGAAAGAGCUAAAUUAGAGGGUAUUAUAGAUGUACAUAAUUUUGUUCAGCUGAUGAGAACACAGAGAGUGAAUAUGGUGCAAACACUGGAACAAUAUAUAUUUGUAUAUGAUUGUUUAUUAGAAGCUUUAAUUUGUGGAGAAACAACAAUACCCAUAGUAAACUAUCAACAUGUAUACAGAGAUAUUGUACAAUAUGAUCAGAAUAUUGGCAAAUCCAAGUUGGAUGAACAAUUUGAGGUAUUUAAACUAUCAUUGGCAUAG